AUGGAGAUCCGUAAAUCCAGCAUAGAGAUUCUCGACGAGCCCCAUCGAGACGCCGUCGCACGUGCCAUCUGCAAGAUCCUAUCCACCGAGAUAGCCGAGACCACAUUCGCCCAGAUUGUUGAUGGCCUGCCCCUCCCAGAAGUCCUAGACGGCGUCUAUGGCAACCUUCUGUCUCCCGAGCACCCAGCUUAUCACCAUACACAUCUUAAAUCGGGCACCCUAGACACGGUUCGCCGAUUUCGCGAGGAAUUUGAUCUUCAGGAUCUGCAGUUCGACAACUCAGUGAGCGAUCUGCCCAUCAUCCACCCAAACCCAAAGACCCCUCACCACUGCAUAAUCACUAACACGCAACAUAAGCUCCUGUUAGCCUUUCAGGCCUCCUCUCCCGGUUCCAGGGCCUUCCGCACGCCGCUGAUUGAGAUCGCCGCUGUCGCAGUGCACCAGGUCGCAGUGCUGCUGUACCAGAACAACCCGGAUCUGUCCUCACCCACGUCGACCACGCGGGCGGUGCAUGCCUGGGCCCCACCCCGGGACGACGAGAGCAGACGCUCGGCGACGUGGUGGCGCUUUCGCCCCGAGGGGCCACCUGCCACACUCUUCUGUCAUGACUGGUACUGUGACCAUGCCCAGUACCCAAACGGCGUUGCGGACGUAGCUGGUUACUGGGCCGAGAACAGGGUGCUCGGGGGUGUGGUGCUGUUCGACCACGCCGAGGCCCCCGCCUUGGACGCCGUAUAUCUCCAUCCCGACCAUGACGAGGUCACAUACCGGAUCUGCCUGCUCACGGACGCGCAGAAGAAGGCCCUGCUCGAUUUCCUGUUGCUGGACACGCCAACCUCUGCCUCACCGCUACCUAUCAUUCCAGACGGGACCAAUACGCACCGUGUCGACCCGGAGGAACCGAUUCGUUACACAGGCAUAUAUCGCGACCUCUGGGAGAGGCGGAUGCCACCUCCUGAGUAG